ACACACAUACAGUUGAAGUCAUACAUUUACAAACACCUUAGCCAAAUCCAUUUAAACUCAGUUUUUCACAAUUCCUGACAUUUAAUCAUAGAAAACAUUCCCUGUCUUAGGUCAGUUAGGAUCACUAUUUUAAGAAAUUAAAAUGUCAGAAUAAUAGUAGAGAGACUGAUUUAUUUCAGCUUUUAUUUCUUUCAUCACAUUCCAGUGGAUCAGAAGUUUACAUACACUUUGAUAGCAUUUGAUAGCUUUGCCUUUAAAUUGUUUAACUUGGGUCAAACAUUUUGAGUAGCCUUCCACAAGCUUCUCACAAUAAGUUGCUGGAAUUUUGGCCCAUUCCUCCAGACAGAACCUGGUGUAACUGAGCCAGGUUUAUAGGCCUCCUUGCUCGCACACUCUUCAAGUUCUGCCCACAAAUUUUCUAUCAGAUUGAGGUCAGGGCUUUGUGAUGGCCACUCCAAUACCUUGACUUGGUUGUCCUUAAGCCAUUUUGCCACAACUCUAGAGGUAUGCUUGGGGUCAUUGUUCAUUUGGAAGACCCAUUUGUGACCGAGCUUUAACUUCCUGGCUAAUGUCUUGAUUUUGCUUCAAUAUAUCCACAUAAUUUUCCUUCCUCAUGAUGCCAUCUAUUUUGUGAAGUGCACCAGUCCCUCCUGCAGCAAAGCACUCCCACAACAUGAUGCUGCCACCCCCAUGCUUCACGGUUGGGAUGAUGUUCUUCAGCUUGCAAGUCCCACCCUUUUUCCUCCAAACAUAACGAUGGUCAUUAUGGCCAAACGGUUCAAUUUUUGUUUCAUCAGACCAAAGGACAUUUCUACAAAAAGUAAGAUCUUUGCCCCAUAUGCACUUGCAAACUGUAGUCUGGCUUUUUUAUGGCGGAUUUGGAGCAGUGGCUUCUUCCUUGCUGAGCAGCCUUUCAGGUUAUGUCGAUAUAGGACUCAUUUUACUGUGGAUAUAGAUACUUGUCUACCUGUUUCCUCCAGCAUCUUCAUAAGGUCCUUUGCUGUUGUUCUGGGAUUGACUUGCACUUUUCACACUAAACUACGUUCAUCUCUAGGAGACAGAAUGCUUCUCCUUCCUGAGCGGUAUGAUGGCUGCGUGGUCCCAUUGUGUUUAUACUUGCAUACUAUUGUUUAUACAGAUGAACGUGGUACCUUCAGGUGUUUGGAAAUUGCUCCCAAGGAUGAACCAGACUUGUGGAGGUCCACAGUUCUUUUUCUGAGGUCUUGGCUGAUUUCUUUUGGUUUUUCCCAUGAUAUCAAGCAAAGAGGCACUGAGUUUGAAGCUAUUUUAUGGCCUCAGAAGACUUGGAAAAUAGAGCAGCCAGGAUAUUCUGCAAAAGACCCACUUACAGUGUUUCAAAAAAGCAAGUCAUACGCAAAACAACAUGAUCAGCAACAAAAUGAGAGUGCAGAGCUUCCAAGAACAGACACACCAGCAGCUUCUGUACCUGAGUUCCAGAAAGACUAUGAAAAACCCACAGGGGAAAAUGUAAACUCGGACUACUUGGGCUUUCCCUUGCUGUCUUUGCCACCUAGGGAAGAUCUUCCCCAUAAACAUCCAUUACAGUUGCAGAGGACAACUGAAAGAACAUUACCUAUAGAGGAUAAUAUGGGCUCUCUGCACCAUUUCAGCCCUACGGUACCAGAUACUGCAAAACAGAUUACACCCUGCUCAUCUUCAAGCAUUUUUCAAGGCAGAGAUUUAAGCCAAAAGCAUAAGAACCUUAAACCAUCUGUUAGAUUUAUGCCAAGGACUACACAUUUAGAAAGCAGAAAAAGAAAAUUAGAAGAACAAACAUUAUUUUUGACUGAAGUGGACAAAAAUGAGCCAAUGAUUGGUCCAAAACUACCAGAACUGCCCAAAGUGGACAUGGAGGAUAAUUCAUUAAAUUUAACUGCCAAUCUAAUCCGUCAAACAAUGUCAAAGGUUGCAUCUGUACCAGAGGUAAAACCUAUACAAGGGAAGACCACUACUGCAAAGCCACGCAGGAGAAUUUAAUACAAAAAUUCUGAUUUCCUCUGCAACUCAUCAUAUAGUCUUACAUUGAAUAAUAUUUUGGAUAUUUAUUUCAGUUUCAGACACAAUGUUUGACAAACCAUUUCUAUUUCAUGUAAAAUUCAAUGAUGCAUUUCA